GUUCAGUCAGUAUUGGAGAGACAUCCAGUCGACAGUCAGUAUCGGAGAGACAACCAGUAGACAGACAGUAGACAUUAAAAGCCGCUGAGUUAUCUUUGUUAUGUUCAUAAAUUGGCACUGCUAUUGUUGUAUACAUAGUAAUUCCUUGAUCGCAGUGCACAUUUUAUGGUAUAUUCACAGGACUGUUUAUCGAGCGCUAUAAAGUUACUUUAAUGUCAUUCAUUCGAAUAUUACCUGGAGUAACCUAUUUCAUGUGAUCAUAAAUUUACGAGCAUAUCUGUGUUUGUGGGAAAUGAAGGAUGGUGUGAAAUGAUCAUAUCUUGUGUGGUAAAGUCAUUUGGAAUCAAUUAAAAAUGAAUGAAUUGUUUAGUCGUCAUUUAUCAAAAUAGCAGUUAUAAAGGACACCCAUACGGAGGACGGAAUAACAUCGAGUACUAGUAUAUUGAAUAAACAAUUUCACUAAAAACAUAUAUAAGUGUUGCGACUGUGAUCAAAUCGGGGAUGUUAUUUGUAUAGAGUGUGAAUUUCCCCUUAAUAUACACCAGAAAACAUCUAUCAACUCAAACGACAUGGAGUUACCCCUCCUCCUUCUACUGGCAGUGGUCGGGUAUCUGACGAACGGCGCCGCCGGAAACUACGAAUACGACCCUGACUACCUGGUGCCGUCAAAGUGCCGUGCGUGUGACGUCAAGUCGUGUCCGCAGCUCACGUUCUGCGCGGGGAAGAUGGUGAAGGAUCACUGCGGCUGCUGUCAGCGCUGCUCGUCGGCUCUCUUCCAGCCGCAUGUACCGUACCGGCCCGACCCCCCGCUCGCCCCAACCGCUUCGCCACCAACACUACCGACACAACCAGGUGACGUUUGUGAGAAGCGCCAAUGCCCAAAGUUCAAGGUAUGUGCUAUAAACGUUCAGGGCCUCCCAAUCUGUACCUGCCCCAGCGAGUACAUAUGCCGCCGACGUCGGGCAAAUCGUAACAAACGGGGCAAAGAUGAACCAACUGUUUGUGGGACGAACGGCGUCACGUAUGAGUCCAGAUGUCACCUAAAAAUUGCUAGCUGCAGCAGCGAGAAACGGAUAAAACGGAAGCAUGAUGGCCCUUGCACCGCGGAAGAUAUUGACGAAACCAAACACGCCGUUAUGACUGAAACUGCACCUGAUGUGGGCGAAUACUUUCCUGAUAGAGAUACGGCAAUACAAACCACACACGUAAAUGAAUCUGAGAAAGCGAGGCUGCGAAAACUAAAGAAAAAACAGAAGCGGAAAGAACGAAAGGAGCGGAAACAGAGGAAACGAGAGAAGAAAAGGCGCCGUAAAAACAACAAAGACAGAGACAGCAAGCGUAAAGCGAGAAGCCGAAGAAUGAAGCGCAGAAAUGAGGGCUUCAACACGUUCCCGAGUAAUUACGAGUACCUCAUAAACAGACACACUCGUUGGAGCACCAAUCAAGUUAGGAAAAGUAAAAUAUAGGGACCUACUUGACGCUCCAGUCCCAAUUAUAGACAUAUGAGUGACAUAUUUGACAGCGCCUCAAAGCCGGUUACCAAUAUGAUUUGGAGGUAAUUAUAUUCAUUCUGGAAUAUUCGUGAAUGCAAUGAUUUUUCUUUAUUAAUUGUUUCAUACAAUGCUGUCUGAUGUAUUUCUAAAUGCUGAAGAAACUGAUCCGUGAUGUGGACAAUGAUGGGAAUGACGUAUUUACGUGUACUAAAGUGUGUUUUACAUGGCCAGUCUUGUUGUACAUAGUGGAUACAUUUGUAUAUAUUGAUUUUUAAUAUUUUUAUUAUUUCCAUUAUUAUUAUUAAACCAUUUAUUUAAACUGUACCGAAUUUGCACAAGAAAUACGGAAACAGGA